AUGGAGUCUCUGCUGACUACCUUGAAGUGCAAGCUCUUUUCAUUCUCUCUUGGCGACAAAGCUUCAAGAUGGUUGAAGUCUCUGCCAGCUCACUCCAUUACCACUUGGGAUGAGUACAAGGCUGCAUUCAUCAACCACUUCUACACCAAACAGAGAUCAAUUUCUGUAAGGAACAAGAUCUCCAACUUUCGCCAAGCCAACAAUGAAUCUUUCUAUGAGGCGCUAGACGAUUCAAGGAGUACAUUAGGGACUGCCCUAAUCAUGGUUUCAAUGAGGGAAACCUAUGGAACAUCUUCUAUCGUGGCAUAG